AUGCGCCGCCGAGGCAUUCAGCACAUCCACGUCUACGGCGUGGACAACUGCCUGGUCAAGGUAGCAGACCCCGUGUUUAUUGGAUUCGCCGCAUCCAAGGACGUGGACAUUGCCACGAAGGUGGUGCGGAAGCGCAACGCAACCGAGUCUGUGGGCCUGAUCCUGCAGAAAAACGGCAAGCCGGACGUGGUCGAAUACUCGGAAAUUGACAAGGAAACCGCCGAGGCUAAGGACCCCAAGCAGCCGGGUGUGCUCAAGUACCGCGCCGCGAAUAUCGUCAACCACUGCUACAGCUUCCGCUUCCUGGAGUCGGUUGAGAACUGGGUGCACAAGCUGCCGCACCACGUGGCGCGCAAGAAGAUCCCCUGUCUCGAUACGGAGACUGGUGACGCGGUCAAGCCUGAGAAGCCGAAUGGCGUCAAGCUGGAGCAAUUCGUCUUUGACGUGUUCCCCAUGACUCCGCUGGAUAAAUUUGCAUGCCUCGAAGUUCUGCGCGAGGAGGAGUUUUCUCCGCUGAAGAACGCACGCGGCACGGGUCAAGAUGACCCGGACACCAGCCGGGCCGACAUCAUGAAGCAGGGACAGCGGUGGGUUGAGAAGGCCGGCGGUGUGGUGAUUACGGAGGGAGAUGCAUUUGGGGUGGAGGUGUCCCCGCUGAUCAGCUACGGCGGCGAGAACCUCGAAUUUCUUCGCGGGCGGGAGAUCAAGGCCCCGGCGAUCCUGGAGAAGGAAGAGUAA